GUAUAAAUUCAGGAGAGAGGAAUUAUGUUUCAAUUAAACUAAUGGAAAUAGCAAAAACAAUUGUAAAGAAAGGAAGAAAUGGCAGUUGGAGCACAUGUCAACGCUUUCUCAGCAUUGAAGUACCCAUAUGACUUGCCCAUCCUUUCUAGACCUCUUACUCUCAAUCUUUACCCUCCCUCCAUAAAUUUCUCCUGUGAACUCAUCAAAAUCAGGGCAAAAAGCAACAAAAAAUCAAUCAAAUUACGUCGUAGUAAGCAGACGACAGUAAGAGCUGCAAUCAUGUUGCCGGAAAAUGCAGUGAUGAGUGACAUUUGUGCCACUCUGAUCUCGGGAGCUGUUGCCGGCGCUACGCUUGCCCUUUGGGAGGUCACCGCUAAAUAUGGCGUCUUUGACUCGAAAUUGAACAGGAAGCUUGUGCAUACUAGCAUUGGGAUAGUUUUCAUGCUUUGCUGGCCAUUAUUCAGCUCUGGGUAUCGUGGUGCACUUUUAGCUAGUCUUAUUCCUGGAGUGAAUAUAAUACGCAUGCUUCUGAUUGGAUCUGGAAUUUAUAAGGAUGAAGCCACUGUCAAGUCAAUGAGCAGAUAUGGCGACUACAGGGAACUUCUCAAGGGACCUCUUUACUAUGUAUUGUCUAUCACAUUUGCUUGUAUAGUAUUUUGGAGGACUUCCCCGAUUGGGAUUGCUGCAAUUUCUAACCUAUGUGCUGGAGAUGGUUUGGCUGAUAUUGUGGGGAGACGGUUAGGCAAGCAUAAACUUCCUUAUAAUAAAACGAAGUCCUAUGCUGGUACCAUUUCUAUGGCAACUGCUGGCUUUGUGGCGUCAGUUGCGUACAUGCACUAUUUUUCUCUGUUCGGGUUCAUGCAACAAAGCUGGGAUUUGGUAUUGCGCUUCUUGUUUGUGUCUAUCAUUAGUUCGCUUGUGGAGUCAUUGCCUAUAAGCACGCAGCUUGAUGACAAUCUCACAGUUCCACUCGCUUCAUUUUUGGUUGGAGGCCUUGUCUUUUGAUGUCAAAAGUAUUCUUUGCAUGUGCAAGUGCAAUAUUUGACACGAAUGUAUCGAUUUUUAAUAUUGUAUCCUUUCGUCAAACUCAAAUUCAAACCAUGCCAAAAUGUAUUCUGAACUGGACAUGUAUGUCAUUGAAGCAAAGAAUUUCUUU